CUUAAAUGGCUUCUCACAGACCUAGCAAGUUUGCUCAACUCCCAUCACAGCCCAAGGGAAACAGGUUUAAGCAACAGCGCUUAGUAACGCCUGUCUGAGUUAUGGGAACUUUACCAUACCUUCCUCUUCCCACAGCACUACAGUGACCCUUACACUGGGAUGGAUGGUGCCUGUUCUUCUACACUGCCUUGAUUUUCUAAGCUCAGAUGGCAGAAAGGCUGCGUGUCGUGGGAGUCAUUGGUGCCUCUGCAGUAUCAAAUGCAAGGCACAGCUUUGCACGAAAGGCAGCUGCUUUUCAAGUUGUAACAGGCUGUUAAGUUGGCUUCUUUGAGUUUCCUAAAGUCCUUGCAGAAGUAACAAAUGGUUCUGAUGCUAUUCAGAGGGUUUCUGUUUGUAAAUUUGUGUGGAUGGGUAUGGUUUCCUCAAUGUCUGAAUCAAAUUUAUUCAAGUCUGCAACCCAGGUGUUGUUAGCACAUUCCUUUCCCAUUAUGCUAUAGUGUAAGAAAAUCAUCUCUCACAGGAGCAGUGUGGCAUCUUCCCACUUUCGCUGCAGGACCUGGCCUGUCUCAGAGCAGCAUUUGUUUCCCCUGGGAACUAUGCAGCAGCAGGAGAGAAAGCAGAUCCUGCUCCAAGAUUGCAAAUAUCCAUCACCUAAGCCAAGGGAAAACAUCUAUUAAAUACCACCUGCAAAAGCCUGAUAAGGUAAUAAUUACCAAUUCUGACCACACGUGUAUAUAUAUAUAACAUACACUGAACAUACAAAUCACUGUAGGUUAGAGGGCUGUGAUUUACAUUCAUCUAAAUUUUCCUGGGAUACAACAGAUGAGCAGUGCACCAGAGGAAAGAUUUAAACACUUUUUAAAAAAGAAGGCUCACAUCUUGUAGCAGAAAUGCUGUCACAGCUUGAAGCGGUGAUUGAACACCUUGUGGGAGAGCAGGGCCAACCCAGGGGAGCACAGGUGCAAGCAACAGGUGCAAGCAAUGCCCCUGAGUGACUGGAAUGGGUGGAGUCAGGAUCCGACCCUUCCCUGACCUCAUUUAAGGGUUGGUAGUGGAGGAUAUCUCGCUGGAGAUCCCUGCUUACUGGUGGCCUUUUUAGGUUCAGAAGAGGCUGGAAAGGUGGAAUCGCAUCUCCUGACAACUCCAAAACACGUAUGUGCUGCUAACACAAACUCUUAUAUGAGGCUGUUGAAACAGGUGAAUCUGUUUUUUAUCAGAAGGUACUGAUGUCUUCUGAAUGAAGUCAGAUAGUCAAGGAACUACAUUACUAUCCUUUCACCUGAAGCUUCCUGGGUUCAUCUUGUCCCUGCUACUAAUGAAACUACAACUUAUUACAGUGUAGUAGUACUAUACUAUAUUAAAUAAAAUAUUAUAGUAUAGUAGGGAAUUAUUUCUCCUGCAGUAGAGGAGUUUUUUAGGUCUUGCUAGCAGAAAGGUUUUCAUAGAGCUCAAAACAUUGGUUUAUUCUACAAGGAAGAGUUAAAAAGUCAUCCCUCUUGAAGAGUUUCAUCCUGUCUAGUGCUUUACUGCAUUACAUGAGUACAUUAUUCAGAGCCAGGACAGUCACAGCACUCUUGCAGGAUGGCAGCUGUGGCUAUUUACAUUUUACCAAGAAAUAUAAAGCACAGGACGCUGAGCAGCUGGUCCUAAGUUAUAGGAAGCUAUGGUCACAAACCCAAAUAUCCUCAAAUGUCUUUCUAGCUCCCUGAUCAUUGAUCAUGAACCUGUUGAUGCAUUUUGUAGGGUUUUUUUUUUUUCAGAAUUAAUUCUUAGUGAAUGAGAUUUUGUCCCAGAUUUGUCUUCUGUUUACAUGUAAAGUUGCUGAGUGUUUUAACUCAUGGUAGUUGUCUAAUUAAAAACAGGCUUCAGUGCAAACUAUUGUAGACUUCUGAUGUGAUCACCUUAUUACAUCUGCAGAGCUGCUAGAGGUGUAGCAAUUGUAGGGAUGAACUUGUCAAAUUGGAAUGAAUUUAGCUCAAGGGGCACUUGUUAUGAAGAUCAGCCUAUGAAGUUACCAUCAGUAAGUCUUACAGUGCACCAUGGCUUUGCAAAACAGAAGGCCAGAAGGAUGCCUCAAUAUAUGGCGGUAACUUUUGGUUGCUGUUAUCCACAAUUGCAAACAUAACCUAAAAUGGGAAGAUGAAUGUGUUAGUUCAUAAGUUUCCAUUCUUGUUUUUGUCCCGCAGUAAGAAAAGGUAUCAUAACUAUCCAGCUAUUACACUCUUAUAUUGUAUGAACUCUUUGUUUUAACUUGUCCUUCAGCAGCAUUUUGCUAACAAAGCAAAAAAAAAAAAAGUCUUCUGGUAUUUCCUCACAUGUGCAGCUGUUUUGUUGAUGAAAGGUCUAAACAUUUGAUUUUGUUGAUGAUCCAAAAUCCUGGAAACAAGGAAUUAUCGUUAUCACCUCCCCAGUGCUCUUGUUACGUUGGAAGCAUCACCACAAAGGAAAACGAAGAAAGAGUGCAAAACCUAGAAGAGGAAAAGUCUGCAAAGCUGUAUCUAGAAGAAAGUGCUUUUGAAGCACUGGAAAAAGACUUUCAAGAAGUCAUCAAUCUACUUAAAGGAGAUGAUACUCUGGAAAAAUUUCGAACAGAAUAUGAAAAGCUGUAUGCUGUUUUGAAGAAGUCUCAUGAAAAUGAGAAGCGACUCAUGGAAAAAUGCAGGCAGCUGAAUGCUGAACUUGUGGUGAAUUCCUCUAAAGUAGCUGCUCUCACAAAGCUCUCUAAGGACGAUCGGGGAACUAUAUCAUCAUUGAAGACGGAGAUUGAAAAAGCCUGGAAAAUGGUGGAUGCAGCCUAUGAAAAGGAACAGAAAGCAAAGGAAACAAUUCAUUCACUACAAGAGGAAAUAGCACGCCUAACUAUUUCAGUGGAGCAGGGAUCUAGACUGUCCUCCAGUCAGGAGUAUAAUAUCGGUGAUUUGAUAAAAUACAAAGAAGAGAUAACAAAGGAGCGAGACCAACUCUUGUCAGAGGUCGUGGAGUUACGUCAAAGUCUAACUCAAGCCAUAGAGCAGCAACAGGAUACAGAGAGGGCAAAGAAUGAGGCAGAUGAAGCUGUUAUGCAGCUUCAGCAAGAAAUCCAAAUGCGUAACAAUGAGGUAUCACGAGAAGCUCGGAAGAAAGAAAAAAUGGACAAGGACCUGAAAAAUCUUCAAGCUGAAAUAGUUAAUAAGCAGGCUGAGAUCAAGAAUUUACAGCAACGUAUACAAAAGAAUAAAGAGGAACAACUGAAGAUGGAACAAAAUCUGAAAGAGCAGAAGAUGUUGAAUGAAAGAACUGGUAAGGAACUUGAGCAAUUUCAGAUGAGAAAUAAGAAGCUUGUGCAAGAGAGUGAGCAGCACAGUGUGAUGUUUCAAGGAGUAGUGCAGGAUCUUCACAGAAAAACAGUGGAACUGAAAGCCAGAGAUGAUGAGCUGACACAACUGCACCUUGAAAUUUCAAAGAUGAACAAAGUAAGAGAUGUUCUCCAGAGUAAGUUACGUGCUGCAGAGGAAAAGAAAGUUGCUGCAGGAUAUGAGAGAGAGACCCUAAAAAAUCAAAUAUCUGGUCUAGAGAGAGAGUUGGAGGCUGCCAAAAAGCAAGCAGAGAUUGACAAGAAAGCUAUAGAUGAUCUUGUGAGGGAGAGGGAUACACUAAGCAAGAACUUGAACAAGGCCACCAAUGCUGUUCAGAAGCAGAUAGAUUUGGUGAAGCUUCAUGAACAGUCCAAGAAAAACUUAGAAGAAGAAAUUCAAAAUUAUAAGAAUGAAGCUCAGAAACAAAGGAAGAUUAUUUACCAAUUGGAGAAAGAUAGAGAUUGUUUCAUCAGUGAAGCCAGUGAUCUCAAACAGAAGGUCCUCCAGCACCUGAAAGAUGUUGAAAUACAGGAAGUGAAGAUCUGUGACUAUGAGAAGAAAAUAGAAGAAUCUGAGAUUAAAUUAAAACAGCAACAAAACCGCUGUGAAACUGUGAGAACAGAGAGGAACCUGUACAGUAAAAAUCUGAUUGAAGCAAAGGAUGAGAUAACAGAAAUGAAGAAGAGACUGAAAACUGUGACGCAUCAGGGGGAUCAACUGAAAGAGGAGAUCAAAAAGAAAGAAGAAGCUCUUGUGAAAGCACAUCAAGAACAUCAGCAACUAGAGAGGGAAAAGGAAUCAUUGAAAGCUGAACUACUUAAGAUGAAAAAACAAGCUCUGGAAACCAAGAACUUUAUAGAAAAUCAGGAGGCAGAAGAGAGAAAACUCCUAAAAAUUAUUGCUGAGGCUGAUGCUGAGAGGCUGAAGCAGAAGAAGGAAUAUGACCGGGUUAUCAAUGAGAGAGAUGUCCUUGGGUCCCAGCUUGUUCGACGCAAUGAUGAGGUGGCUCUUCUCUACGAAAAGAUCAAAAUCCAGCAAUCCAUCUUAAACAAGGGUGAGACUCAGUACAGGCAAAGAAUUGAAGACAUCCGGCUUCUCAAGCUGGAGAUCAGAAAACUUCGUCGUGAGAAGGGAAUACUUGGUAAAACUGUGGCUAACGUACAGGAACUCAGACUGGAGGUUCAUCACAUGCGGAAGGAGCUAUUAAGAGAACAGACUCGAUGCAAAGUUUUGGAAGAAGAACUGGAGAAUCCCUUGAAUGUUCACAGAUGGAGAAAACUGGAGGCCAGUGAUCCAAGUACCUAUGAACUGAUCCAGAAAAUACAGAGGCUACAGAAGCAGCUUAUCAGCAAGACAAGUGAAGUGAUAGAAAAAGAACUGCUCCUACAGGAAAAGGAGAAACUAUACGUGGAAUUGAAGCAUGUCCUUGCUCGGCAGCCGGGACCUGAAGCUGCAGAACAGUUGCAGCUUUACCGGCACACUCUCCGAGAGAAGACCAAACAACUGAAAAUUUUGUCCUCAGAACUGAAUAUGUAUGAAUCACAGAGCCAAGAAUACAAAUAUGAAAUUGAAAGGCUUGCCAACGAGCUUCUGAAUGUGAAAAAGAAAUAUCUGGCUCAGAAACGCAAGGAACAACAGGCCAAGGAGAAGGAGCGAUCCUUGGCUGAAAGGGAAUCUGAGCUCCCACACCUCAGAUCUGAUGUUCCUCGCUUCACUGGAGGGGGCUUUGCUCUCAGCAGACCCAUUCCCAAAGUCACAGCUUAGGAGUGGACUCAUCACUUUCCCAGUCUCUUGCUAAACUCUAGGCUGGAUUGUUUGACAAAUGAGAAUUCAGAAAGAAAUUCCAUAUCAACUUUUGCUCUGAAAUCACUGUAUUGCCUUCAGGAUUAAUAAAGGCAUUUUGUGUUAGAACUAGCCUACUUGUGGUUUAGAAACAGUGGACUAAAUCUGCAUGUACGAUGCCAGCAAAAACCUGAAUUGUAGAACUGAGUGGAAAGAGAUAUCUGCAUGAAAAUCAUGCAGAUAUCUCUUCAAUACUGUAUCUAUUUAGCACAGUAACACCACAAAAUGCCUUAAAACAUGGAGAGAUUUCCCCCUUAUCUACCUCUGUUGUAAGCACUCACUCCAUUUGUCAUCUGAGUCAAAACACCUGAAAGAAAAGUGAAAACAGAAAAGAAAAAUUAAUAAGCUGAUGUUCCAAGCCCUACUGUGCAAAUGCAAAAUUAACAACUCUGCUCUUAGAUGUACGCAUGUAGCAGUUCUUUGUGCAGGUGGUAUAUAAUUUGGUUUAUUCAGUGUUUGCUGCUGUUGUUAGUAAGAUCAAGGUGGCUUGUGGCUGCAAUGUGCAUUAUUAAGAAUGUGAUUCUGUUUAUUCUGAUAGACACAAAGUGACAUAAUCAUGCCUAUUCAACUGGGGAGACUGCACACUGGCUGGGACGUGCUGUUCUCCCACGUAAAUUCUUCCCAGUAAGUCAAACUUGGACUCAAAACAUGGGAAACUUUACUCUUUAAUUUCUAGGCUUGGGCAUUUUUGUAACUUUCAGAAAUUGUUUUUGUAAUGCAGCAGGAGCCCUCCAACCUUUUCAGCCAAAAGAGAUUUAAUUACCAUUCAUUAACAAGUGAAAUAACAAAGUCACGGCAUGAGGUGCCAAAGUAUAGAAAACUUUCAAGCUGUAAAAUAAAAUGUUUUCAAACUGAUUUGUACAUGGAAGCUCUUUCUCAGCCUGGGGGAUAAAAAUACUUGUCCAAAGAGAUAUGCUGAUAAAUAUUUCACAUGCACAAAAAAAAAAAACCCUUUGCAAAGAUUUUGUUCUUUCCUUUGGUGGAAUACAUAAUUAAAUAUUAAAGCUACUGUGGGAAACUUUUAAUGGAAGUGUUUAAUUCAAAAGAAUCAAGUUAAAUACGACAGGGAUCUACUUUGCUUUUACACUGGGGACCAGAACACUUAGUCAUCAGAUCCAUUGUAUUUUUCUUUUGUUCCCAAAAUAGAUAUUAUUGCUUUUUCUCUGCUGAGUGCAUUAUGCUAAAGUUAUCAUUUUAGGGCAGUCAUGCUGUCUGAAUCGUGUCUUCUGUGUACUCGACACAUCCUUAUAGUUAGAAAAAUUGAGAACAACUGACAUGGGUGCUUCGGUUUGAUGGGAUUCCAAGAAGGUUUUAAGAGCAGUGUUUGUUAGGAGCCCGAUUAUCCAACCUGCAGCUGGACUCCACUCUGCUUACUGAUACUGGGAAGAUGUUUGUACUGAAGUAAAGCAGUGAAGUCACAUUUACUAAUGCACACAAAUAAGAGGCACUGUUACCCUCACAGCAUAACAUCACACUACAGAGAAGCAAUUUAUUUAUCAUGCUCUGAACUGUACAGCACACUGCCUAACUUAUCCAGCAGUGAUUGGAGUCUGUGCACAUCUCUUCCUUCUGUUUGGUAUCAGGGUUUAUAAUAUGAGGUGCUAUUGUGCUUAACAAGAUGCUACAUUGCUCAGAGCAAAAGGAGCCAAGCAGAUGAAAUAUUUGCUAAUUGUAUUUUUAUGAGUACUUCAAUAAA